AUGAUCUAACUGUUGUAUAUACAUAUAUAUCAGAGUAUUAUGGCAUCGGGUAUGCUACACUCGGUACGCCAUCUACUACUACACAGAAUACUACUGCUGUGACGGCUGGACGGAAACGAUUACAGGCAGCCAUGAGUGUACAAAACGUAUCCCACUGCAACCAAACAGUGUUGAGUCAUAUAACGAAGUUCCUGCUUUAGCAUGGAGAAGUCUGUCCUCAGACGAAGACGUUAUAGAUGACAGGACUCUAUCCAGUGGCUUAUUCACUGCGGGAAAAUAUUUUGACAUUGUGACAACAGAAGUAGAUCCAACAACAAUCGGUUGCGGAGCAAAACGGAAAAUCUGGAUGAAUGACACCCUCCCAGACGCAGAUGGCUCAUUUCAUGAUAAAACUGUGUGUGUCUCGGAUGCGGAAACCAACGACCCUUGCAAGGAUACCUUUACAAUCGAGGUUCAUAAUGGCGGAGAUUUCCGGGUCUACGUUUUAGAAUCACUCCAAAGUGGCCAUUAUGGACUUGGGAAUGACUCGGUUUCUUAUUGUUUUGAUCUGUCAGUACCUUUGGAUCCGUGUUCUGAUGUGAUUUCACACAUACUUCCGGCAUUAGAAUCCCGUCGUCCUGGUAACACUAUCAUGACACAAAGUGACGACAGCUUGCUCGGAAAUUGGUAUAGUGCUGGCCCGUACGAAAUCGUCAGAAACAGUCCGGAUUUAGAGUUACCCGUCAGUUGUGGAGCUAAAGCCCAAAUAUGGAUGAAUGACUCUUUCCCAGAAGUGGAUGGUAAACAUCAUAUCCGGAAACUUUGCAUCACGGAUGUCGAGACGUCACAAAAGUGUGUUGGCAGUAUUCAUUACACUUUCAUUAAGAAUUGCGGAAGCCAUUUUGUGUAUUUCCUGACAAGUUCUCCAAAACCUGACAGUGCAUACUGUUUUGAUAUCCCCUCGGAAUCAAAUGAUCCAGCCCCAGAUUUUACUCCAAGCAAUGUUCAAAUAGAGUCCAGUCUGAAAUGGAAUCCGCAUGGCCUAACGUCAUCGACCGAGUGGCCUUCACUGCACUUCCAAUGCUCUUUUGAUAAGAGUACCGAAUUCGACCUCUUUUACGUUGUAUAUUUCUACGUGGACGGAAGCUACAUCGAUACGGGAUCAGAUAUCAUUGUUCAGGAUUCCUCAGAGGCCUAUGUCACUGAGCAGCUUCUCAAUUUCCGUGGAUUUUCUGCUGGGAUAACGAUUUCCUGUUUUGUCGGGGGUAGAACAUCCAGGAAUGGUCGUACAGGUGUCAUAGCUGAAAGUCCUGGAUUCUACGCAGGUAUAAAGAUGGUGAACCAUUCAGUCGAUAUUCAGCGUGGAGAGAAUGGUACCGUUGGUUUUUUUACCACGAUUCCAUUUGGUUGUGUGUACGAUCUGACUUAUCCCGAAGAUGUCUGCUACAUGACUCUGUCCAUAUCAAGCAGCGCUAGCGACAACAGUUGUGGAAGCAACAGUAUGCUACAUCCGUGUACAGUUCAGCUAAAAGGGGUCACGAAAGACGAACUACAUCAAUGGAGAGUUAUGGACGCCAGAAAUGAAUCAUGAAUUUGAAAUUGUAGCAUCGGAAAGUAACCAAGGCACAUAUAAUCUAGCUAAUACAAAUUUCACGAUGAGGUUGACUGCAUAUACACCAGGUCAUACAUUCUGGCAUGAUAGUCAAUCGGAAGAAGCUACGAUCAAUGUUUACGAAACUGAGGAAUCUAAAAUUUGGCAGGGCAAAAACUGUUCUGUUCAUUGUGACCCUCAUCAUUUGACAUUUGAUGGAAUGAGAUUCGAAAUACAGAAACCAGGAAGAUUUCAGUUGUUAAAAAGUGAGGAUCCGCCUAUGGAGGUACAGGUGGAAAUAGCCUCUUGUUACAGCAGAAGUCGCCCAUAUUGUGCGUGUGGUAUAGUUGCUGCAGUUGGCCAUGAUAUCUUUCAGAUAUAUACCUGUAAUGGGGAAAAUCAAAUCAAAUUCAAGGCAUGCAACGACAGCGUUUUGAAAGCUGAAAAAGAAAAAGAAAACUCAGCGAAG